CACGUGGCCGCCGCCGCCGCCGGGCUCGCCCGGACCCCGCCCGGAGGAGGCCGCGCGAACUGCAGAGCGAGCGGCGAGAGGCGCGGGGCAGCAGGCGAGCGCCCCGGGCCCCCCAGCCCGGCGCGCCAUGGCGGGCGUCCGGCGAGUCCGCAGCCCCGCGGCCGCUGGCUAGCCCGGCCGGGCGGCCCCUGCUGCCUCGCUCCUUCCCUCUGCGUCCCGGGCCUCAGAGCCGCCGUGAGGAGGAUGAGUCCCUGGAGCUGGUUCCUGCUGCCGACCCUCUGUCUCCUGCCCGCGAGCGCAGCACAUCGGCGCGGCGCGCCCGCCCCCGCCAACUGCGACCUCAGGCCCGAACAAAGUGAGUUGAAUUCCUUCUUGUGGACCAUAAAGCGAGACCCACCGUCUUACUUCUUUGGCACAAUCCACGUCCCGUACACCCGGGUUUGGGACUUCAUCCCGGACAACUCCAAGGAGGCUUUUCAGCAGAGCAGCAUUGUGUACUUCGAGCUGGACCUCACGGACCCCUACACUAUCUCAGCCCUCACCAGCUGUCAGAUGCUGCCGCAGGGCGAGAACCUCCAGGACGUGCUCCCCAGGGACAUCUACUGCCGCCUCAAGCGCCACCUAGAGUAUGUCAAGCUCAUGAUGCCCUCGUGGAUGACCCCAGACCAGCGCGGGAAGGGUCUCUAUGCCGACUACCUCUUCAAUGCCAUCGCGGGGAACUGGGAGCGGAAGAGGCCUGUCUGGGUGAUGCUCAUGGUCAACUCCCUGACCGAAGUGGACGUUAAGUCCCGUGGGGUGCCCGUCCUAGACCUGUACCUUGCCCAGGAGGCUGAGAGGCUGAGGAAGCGGACUGGGGCGGUGGAAGGGGCGGAAGAACAGUGCCAUCCUUUGAACGGGCUGAACGCUUCACAGGUCAUCUUUGCUUUGAACCAGACCCUUCUGCAGCAGGAGAGCCUGCGAGCAGGCAGCCUUCAGAUUCCCUACACGACGGAGGAUCUCAUCAAACACUAUAACUGCGGGGACCUCAGCUCAGUCAUCUUCAGCCAUGACAGCUCCCAGGUUCCCAAUUUUAUUAAUACCAUGCUCCCGCCUCAGGAGCGCAUCACUGCUCAGGAGAUCGACAGCUACUUCCGCCAGGAGCUUAUCUACAAGCGGAAUGAGAGGAUGGGGAAGCGAGUGAAAGCCCUUCUGGAGGAGUUCCCUGACAAGGGCUUUUUCUUUGCCUUUGGAGCUGGUCAUUUCAUGGGCAACAACACAGUGCUUGAUGUUCUGCGGCGCGAGGGCUAUGAGGUAGAACACGCCCCUGCUGGACGGCCCAUCAACAAAAAGAAGAGUACAAGUCCCUCGUCUCCCUCAUCGCAGCCUGCCUCCUCUGCCAUCUUUGCUCCGGAAGUGCCCGCCCCGGAAGUGCUGGUACUGGAAGCUGGGUCUGCGGUGCGCUCACUGUUGCCAACCCACGUGUCCCUGCCCGGAAGUGCCGACCAGGCCGGGGAGGCAGAGAGGAAGUUCCGGAAAAAGCGGAGGAGGCCGCAGCGGAGGCAGAAGCUCAGGCAGUUCAGCGACCUGUGGGUCCGACUGGAAGAGAGUGCUGUGGUCCCACAACUCCAGGUCCCUGUUAUGGACAGGCACAUUGCUGCCGAGCUGCGGCUCCCUCGCCAAGGGCAUUCCCACCACAGCCAGAUGGUGGCCAGCAGUGCCUGCCUGUCUCUCUGGACUCCUGUGUUCUGGGUGCUGGUGCUGGCUUUCCAAACAGAGACACUCCUCCUGUGACAACUAGAGAAGCCAGUCCAAGACCCCGACCCCUUGGACUUGAAGGACGGCCAUUCCUGUACUCCACACU